AGACCCAAGAAUUGUAAAGUGAAAUUUGAAAAGCUUUAGGAUCAGUAUUAUUAUCUCAUCUUCCCCAAAAAGGGUGCUAUAGUAUCUCCAUUAAACACCACAAGAACCAAAAGUUCCCACCUUUCCAUCCUCAAUUCCACAUUUUAACUUCCUCAAAGCUUCUUUUCGCCAUCUGGGUUUUGAUGUUAAGGCUCUUCCAUUGUGAUGUACUUGAUGUCCAAUCUUCAAUUCUAGCAACCAAGAUCAAAUCCGAGUCCUGAAUAGUUGAUGUAGCUACGAUCAUGCAGCUCUACCAUCAUCCAUAUUCUUUAGAUAGUCAGAAGGUAAGGCUUGCUUUAGAAGAAAGGCAAAUUGACUACACAUCAUACCACAUCAAUCCAAUUACCGGGAAAAACAUGGAUGUGUCUUUCUUCCGAAUGAAUCCAACUGCCAAACUUCCUGUGUUCCAAAACGGUUCCCACAUCAUAUUCAAUACGAUAGAGAUAAUUCAGUAUAUUGAAAGAAUAGCAGCAGUCUCCUCUGGUGGUGAAAACUUUAUUCCAAGUAGUAGUGAAGUCCUUGAAUGGAUGCGUAAAAUACAGGAGUGGAACCCCAAGUAUUUUACAUUGGCCCAUGUACCUGUAAACUAUCGUUUGUUCGUUUCCAAAUUUAUUAGGCGCGUGAUCAUUGCUCGGAUGGCAGAGGCUCCUGAUCUAGCAACUUCGUAUCAUUCCAAGCUAAGAACUGCUUAUGAAACAGAAGAGAAACUGAGAAACGCUGAAGUUCUAAAACGUAGUGAGGAACAUCUAGUAAAGCUUCUUGAUGAAGUCGAAACGAAACUGAGUGCAACAUUGUAUUUAGCAGGAGAAGAAUUCAAUUUGGCAGAUGUGAUGCUCAUUCCGUUACUGGCUCGGUUAGUUCUCUUAAAACUCGAAGAUAAGUACAUAAAUAACCGGCCUCGUAUUUUAGAAUAUUGGCAUUUAGUGCAGCAGAGAGCUAGUUACAAGAAGGUGAUUGGGAUGUACUUCAGUGGCUGGAGAAAGCAGAAAACACUUGUAAAGACCUGGUGCUUUCUUCGCUUCAGAAGUUUGCUAAAGAGGUAUUGAAUGUUACAUUGUUACUCCACUUGGAUGAUCAAAUAGAGUCGACGAUUAUAUAAUCUGCUUAUACAAUUUUGGAUGUUACCGGUCUCAGAAUGUCCUUAUAAGUUAAAGACAUGAUAGCAUAUUAUGUAUAUAUCUUUCUGGGAUAACCCACAUAAUGUAGUUCACAUAAUGUAAUUCAUAUAUGAAUGGUAUAGAUUAUGCAAUUUUGGUGUAGUUUAAACGCA